AUGGACGAUUCCUCCGCAGUACCGCUAUCAGAUCUAGUCCACCAAUGGUUGGAUUGGGACCAUGACCCUGAAACUCGCGCCGAAAUCAUCAGACUGCGCGACGAGAAGAAUGAAGUUGAGUUGGAGAAACGCUUGCGGAAACGCAUCGAAUUCGGUACCGCUGGGCUGCGCGGCCGUAUGCAAGCCGGAUUCUCAUCGAUGAAUGCCCUCACCGUCAUCCAAGCCUCGCAGGGCCUUGCCAAAUUUAUCAGACGGUCGCAUCAGCAAUCGCUGGAGCAGGAGCACCCGCAGCCUUCGGUGAUAAUUGGCCGCGACGCACGGCAUAACUCGAAGAAAUUUGCCAUGCUGGCUGCGAAUGCGUUUGCUGCUGAAGGGAUUCGGGUGUUGUGGUAUCGGAGUGCUGGGCCAACGCCGCUUGUACCCUUUGGCGUGUUGAAGAAUCGGGAGGCGUGGGGGGUUAUGGUCACGGCUAGUCAUGUGAGUGUCUCCUGGUUGGGAUACGCAUCGAACGGUUGCCAGAUAAAUUCACCCAUGGACGCGGAGAUCGCGGAUCUGAUCGAACAAAAUCUGGAGCCUUGGCCGACCGCUUGGGACGCAAUGGAUGAAAGUAAACAUCUAGCAUUGGAUUACUACAAGGAUACGGCGAAAAUGUACUGUGACUCUGUCACUCUGUUCAUUAAUUCCAUAAAACUGUCAUCGGGCCCUCAAAGACCCUUCGUCUAUACACCAUUACACGGCGUCGGACAUUCCCUUAUGUCCCGGCUAUGUGAGCAGCUGGGGAUGAAGGAUUUAGUAACCGUCGUCGCUGAACAGCAAGAACCGGACCCGGACUUUCCAACCGUCGCCUUCCCAAACCCAGAAGAAAGCGGCGCCUUAGAUCUCGCCAUGAAAACCGCGGAUGCUGUGGGUCACGAUCUUGUCAUCGCCAAUGAUCCGGAUGCGGAUAGACUCGCUGUGGCGGAGAAAGUCAACGGUAACUGGAUAAAAUUCACCGGCGACCAACUCGGCAUCCUCCUCGCCUCCUAUAUGCUGGACACUAUACACUCACAAACACCCGAUAAACCCCCACAUGUGCAAAAGAAGAUAGCAAUGCUCACCACAGCCGUAUCAACAAGCAUGCUCUCUAAAAUCGCCCGCGCUGAAUCCAUCCAUGCUCAAGAAACCCUCACUGGCUUCAAAUGGCUUGGCAACGUCGCCAGACGUCUCGAAUCUCGCAUACACAGCGGCGGCGACGACCAGAACAAGAACAGCAGUGACGGCUACACCGUCCCCUUCGGCUUUGAAGAGGCCCUUGGCUACAUGUUCCCCGCCAUCAGCUAUGACAAAGAUGGCCUAACGGCCGCCAUGGUCUUCGUCGCCGCAGCCGAGCCGCACUGGCGUGUCAACGAGGGGCUGACACCGUACGAGAAGCUGAAGCAGCUGUACGGGCGGUACGGGUAUUUUGAGAAUUUGAACACGUAUUUCGUGUCGCCGGAUGUGGCGGUUACGCGGAAGUUGUUUGAGGGCGUUCGUGAGAAGGUUGCGGAGAAGGGGUUGGGGGAGGGGGGCGUGCAGGAGCGGUUGGGGAUGGUGGGGCGCUUGCCCAUAUUGCGCUGGCGGGAUGUGACGUUUGGAUUUGAUUCUGGCGCUGGUGGUGAGGAUGGUGGCAUGCAGCUACCCGCUGAUCCGAAUAAUCAGAUGGUGACUGUGUGGUCAGAGCGAGGGAUUCGGUUCACAUUACGCGGGUCCGGGACGGAGCCGAAGAUUAAGAUCUAUAUCGAAAGCUGCUCCGACUCACACGACGAAGCGGUCAAGGCCGUCUGCGAUGUGUUUAUGGCUGUGCUGGAAGACUGGAUACAGCCUUGUGCGCCUGGUGUGACUUAUGCUGAGCGGAUUGUUACGUCGUCGGGGUUCGUGCUGGAUGCACGUAGUGUACCUGUGCUAGGUUAG